AUGGAGAAAGGCACCUUCAAAGAAUCUGCCACACCGGCAUCACCUCAAUAUGACAGCAGCGAUAGUGACAGCUUACAAUAUACCACCGAGGUAGGUGGGAAUACCACGAGGGCCACAUACCAGGAGGCAUCGGGUGCUCCAGUCGAGGUUAACUCCCCGCUGGGGUAUUCAGUCGGACCGGUGACUGUAAUCUUUCUCAAUUUGACAUCAAAUGUUCUCAAAGGUGCCGGCUCCGUUGGCCUGUCGUUGAUAUACUGGGUUAUCGGAUACUUGAUGGCGUCGAGCUCGCUCUCUGUUUAUAUGGAGUUUGCGUCUUGCUUUCCGAGUCGGUCGGGUUCUGAGGUCGUUUACCUUGAACAAUCGUAUCCAAGACCGAAGUAUUUCUUUCCUACUGUUUUUGCGAUGCAGACUGUUCUGUUUUCGUUUAGUAGCAGUAAUGCUGUUGUUCUGGCGCGAUAUCUUUUCAAACUUGCGGAUGCUGAGCCUACUGCUUGGCAAUCAAAGGGUGUUGCUGCGGCUUCUUAUACUGUCGCUGUACUAGUCCUUGCAUUCAAUACGAGAUGGUCUCUCCGAAUCGCAAAUGCCAUCGGCGUUGUGAAAUUGGUCACACUGAUAUUUAUCGGAAUCAGCGGAUUGGUCGUCCUUGGAGGCCACACGUCGGUGAAAGAACCCAAAGCAAACUUCCGAAACGCAUUCGAUGGCAGUGGUGCAGCUUCGGUAUAUGGAACAACGAAUGCAUUGGUCAAAGUCAUGUUCUCGUAUGCAGGCUAUGAGAAUGCAUUCAACGUAGUCAACGAAGUUCGGAAUCCUACUAAAACCUUGCGAUGGAGUGCUCCGUUGUCGCUCGGGCUUACAGCGACUUUGUACAUUUUGGCCAACAUCGCUUACUUCAGUGCUGCAUCCAAGGAAGAGAUCCUUGAGUCGAAGGUUGUUGCUGCUGGCUUGUUCUUCGAGAAGGUGUUUGGAAAUAGUGGUGCGGCGACGGCAUUGAACUUCCUUAUUUGCCUUUCUGCAUUUGGGAAUCUACUUGCUGUCCUUAUUGGACAGUCUCGUAUGUUGAGGGAAUGUGGGAGGCAAGGCGUUCUACCAUGGACCUCAUUUUGGACUUCAACCAGACCCUUCGGCACACCCCUUGGUCCAUACUUGGUGAAAUGGGGCUUUACAAUGCUGAUGAUUCUGGCACCGCCAGCUGGUGAUGCAUUCAAUUUCAUUGUGGAUAUGGGAACAUACCCGGGCUCCAUAUUUGCCUUGAUCCUGGCCAUCGGACUAGUGAUCAGUCGGCAGCGACGUAAACGCCUAAAUCUCGGUGCCCCGGACUACCAAGCUUGGCACGUUACUGUUGGGUUUGCAAUCCUCUCUAAUUUAUACAUGGUCGUCAUGCCAUGGUACCCGCCUAGCACUGGGGCUACUGGCGGAGAUGUGAGCUUCUGGUAUGCGACAUACUGCGCGGUUGCUGUUGGAAUCAUUGCGCUCUGUGGGGUUUACUAUUAUGUUUGGAUCAAGCUUCUUCCUAGACUUCAAGGGUUUAAGUGGGAGCAGACAGUUCUUAAGUUGGAUGAUGGUGCGACGGCUCAUAGGUUGGUCAGAGUGAAGAAAGAUAGCUGA